AUGGAUGAAUCGCCGGUCGACAUCCAUGCCCUUGAAUUGCCAGGGCUGUCACUCCUGUCGACCGCAAUCCCUAUCAUCAUCAAACGGCGCAUGCCGGGAUUAUUACUCUCAUCUGUCCAACGGCUUGUGGAUGCGAAUGAUCAGAACAACGAACAAGCAACAAACAAACCAGAAAGUCUGAAAAAAUAUCUCGAUACCAACAGUAUAUCACCCAUGGGCGAUCAUUGCCAAUACGGUAUGGCACCAGAGUGGUCAGAAGGAGACCUCCAGCGUCCCACCACUGCGAGCAGUACCACGCUGAACGACCUGGACUCUACGUUUUCUUCGAAUUCCUCAACCCAAGGCGAGAGCUUCGGCAUGGAAUUGGCCAGGCUGGAGGAGCCCGUGGUCACGGGUACGACCGGGUAUGAGAUCGACUCUGGGAUACGAUGGAGCCGGGUUCUCCCGGCGUUGAACCUGCUUCGCAAUGCAGUGUAUGAGGCUCAACAGCCUCAUGCGGACGGCCAGCUCGUGCGGUCUCUAUACACUGGUGCCAUUGGGUACCUGCUUGAUGCUCUUCCGACAGAUUUGAACCAGGACGAAGCUUCGCGGAUUCAACAAAACAUUCCUGGUCAUCUGGGCGCUUGCUCCCAGGCACGAUUGGAUGGAAACGGUCGUUCAGGUGGAAUUCCCGCAGCUGGGGACCGGCCGCGACGGUCUUAUAUUCAUAGAACGGUGGCGUCUAUCAUUAUCUACAUUUUUCUCGCCUUAAAGCUCAUCGCGCCUCUUAUCAAGUCCAUGGCUUACAGUCUGUACCAGUACGAACGGUCCCAUCGGGUCACCGAGCGUGUUGCAGGCGUGGCCAUGGGUGCUGCCCAAACCUGUGCCCGAUACGGCGUGAAUAUGGGAUCAGCUAUUCUACGUAAGGAUGGGACCCCCACGGGGGGCAUGACGGGUUUGCUCAUCUGGUGGACGGAGAACGUCGCUGGAGGCAUUUACGAGGGAGUUGGACAAGGACUAUCGAUUACAGGCAUGGACCAGCCUUCUUUUUGGACUGAUAUGGCGUCUCGGUUAGCGUCAUGA